AUGGACGGCAAGCAAGAGGCCGAUGGCCUUAGGGCUAUCGCCUUCGCCGGUGUUACCAUGGCCACAGUGGCUACAUUGUUCACUGUUUUGUCGGUGCCAAUGAUCUACAGUCAUUUGCAGCACAUCCAAUCUGGUAUGCAGAGUGAAGUCGACUUUUGCAAAAUGAGAUCCGCGAACGUUCUCCGCGAAAUCACCCGAACCCAGGUAAACCUAAUGCCUUACAACUUAUUUUGAAUAUUUUCGAAUUCUCAUUUCUCUGAUUUGUAGAUGAUGGCUGGAGCUAACCCACGAGUUUCUCGUGCUAUCGGCAAACGCCAAUCUUAUGGAGGAGAUUCUCUCGGCGGCUAUGGUGGAGCUGCUCCAGCAUUCACUGCUCCAUCCAGCUUCGGCGGCUCGGCUCCUCGCGGUGGAUUUGCUGCUCCAGCUCGACCAGCUUGCUGCGGAUGCGGUCACUCGCCAAACGGACCCCCAGGCCCACCAGGAGAGGAUGGAGCUCCAGGAGAAGAUGGACAACAAGGACCUCCAGGAAAGGACGGAGCAGAAGGACCAACUCCUCGCCCUGCUCCUGCAUACAGCCCAUGCUUCGACUGCCCACCAGGCCCACAAGGAGCUCCAGGAAACGCCGGACCAAAGGGACCCAGCGGUCUUGGAGGACUUCCAGGUCAGAACAAACCCCGUGCCCGUCCAGGACCCCCUGGCCCACUCGGACCCCCAGGACCUCAAGGACCACCCGGAGACCAAGGACAAGAAGGAAACCCAGGACAUCCAGGCCGCUUGGUCGACACUCCACCAAAGAUCGGACCUCCAGGCCCACCAGGACCUCACGGACAACCAGGAGAACGCGGUCAGCCAGGAAACGACGGCCAGCCAGGAACCAAGGGAUAUCCAGGACCAGCCGGAGACGAAGGACCAGAAGGAGAACCAGGAAAGGACGGAGGACCAGGAGAGGAGGGCAAACAAGGAGAGAAGGGUCCCGAGGGAUCUUGCGAUCACUGUGGCCCAGCCAAGACUGCUCCAGGCUAUUAG